UCCCCCGGGUUGUCGCUGAGGCGAUGGCGGCGCGAGUGAGCGGCCGCGGACGUGUUACAGGCCGGGGCCCGGCGGAGAGCAAACACCCCCGCGGACAAUAGUUCCUGUUCCGUCCUCCUCCUACUCCUCCCGCCGCCGCCACCACCACCGCCACCAGUAACGGCCCGUCCACUUCACGGCUGCAAGGCGCGCUUUCCCCCCCCUCCCUCCUUCUCCCUCCCUUCCCCGGCCCGGCCCGUCCCGCAGCCCCGAGGCUUUGCUGCGAUCACAAGUUCAUGACUUUGGACUCGGCCGUGAAUCAUCGAGCAGAUCAAGCCUGAGGCCUAGGCUGUUGCCUUGGGGUCGGCCCGGGGGAGAGAGGCAGGCGGCCAGCGAGCCGGGCGUGUGUGUCCGCAGCCAGCCAGCCAGCCGGGGCGGGGGCGAGGGGCCGGGUGGCCGGGGCCCGGCCAUGAGCCUUUGAAGCGUGUGUGUGAGGGGAAUGCGGCGGUAACCUUGUCCCGCUAACUGAGGCGAAACCACCGCCCCCGAGACAGAGACUGCUGCCUCUCGCCUUCGACUGACAACUUUCUAUUUAUUGGCAUUUCUUUUCACCGUUGUAACAUCUAAAUGACGGUAAAUAAACUCGGAGCCCGUGGAAUAAUCUGCAAACAAGGACAGGAGAUGCAUCCAAUUGCUGCUGAUUUAUCGAGAUGGAUGUAUUAGUGGAUGAAAGAUGAAUCUUUCCUUUUGUACAGAAAUCGUUGGUGGAUGUUGUGUGUAAAUAUUUUCGCCUGGAUAUCAAACCCGGGGUUGUUUUUUUUAUCAUUUCUAAUCUUUGAACGACGUUGUCAGUCUGGAUCAGGAAGUAGCUGAAGGCGAGUUUGCCGUCUUCACAUUGACUGAGGCUCGUCACCAGUCCCAUAUGCCUUCGGCACUCGCCAUCUUCACCUGUCGGCCCAACUCUCACCCCUUUCAGGAGCGCCAUGUCUACCUGGACGAACCUGUCAAAAUCGGUCGGUCGGUGGCUCGCUGCAGACCUGCCCAGAAUAACGCCACUUUCGACUGCAAAGUGCUUUCCAGAAACCAUGCUCUUAUCUGGUUCGACCACAAAACGGGCAAGUUCUAUCUACAGGACACUAAAAGUAGUAAUGGUACGUUUAUUAACAGUCAGCGGUUGAGUCGGGGAUCGGAGGAAAGCCCGCCAUGUGAACUCCUGUCAGGGGACAUUAUUCAGUUUGGCGUAGAUGUGACGGAGAACACCAGGAAAGUUACACAUGGAUGCAUAGUAUCUACUGUCAAGCUCUUUAUGCCAGAUGGUAUGGAAGGUCGUCGACGAUCUGAUGUCAUCCAGGCUCCUCUCCCACUUCCUAUUGAAAAGGUAGCUGCUAAUUCUCCCAGUAUGUACUCUCAGGAACUAUUCCAGCUGUCACAGUAUCUACAGGAGGCCUUGCACCGAGAACAGAUGUUGGAACAGAAGUUGGCCACCCUUCAACGGUUACUAGCUAAUACCCAAGAGGCAUCAGACAGUAGCUGGCAGGCUUUAAUAGAUGAAGACAGGUUACUAUCUAGGCUUGAAGUAAUGGGAAACCAGCUACAUGCUUACUCAAAGAACCAAACUGAAGAUGGCAUAAGGAAAGAGUUGGUAACAUUACAAGAAGAUAAGCAUAGCUACGAGACGACAGCCAAAGAGUCCUUGAGGCGGGUCCUUCAGGAGAAAAUAGAAGUAGUCCGGAAGCUAUCAGAGGUUGAGCGAAGUCUGAGUAACACUGAGGACGAAUGCACUCAUUUGAAGGAAAUGAAUGACAGAACACAGGAGGAAUUAAGAGAACUGGCUAAUAAGUACAAUGGAGCUGUGAAUGAAAUAAAAGAAUUUGCAGACAAGUUAAAGCAAGCAGAAGGCAGACAAGAGGAGAUUCAACAAAAGGGUCUAUCUGAGAAAAAGGAGUUACAGCACAGAAUAGAUGAAAUGGAAGAGAAGGAACAGGCACUUCAGGCUAGGAUUGAAGCUCUGCAAGCUGACAACGACUUCACCAAUGAAAGGCUCACUGCUUUACAAAUACGGUUAGAACAACUUCAGGAGAAAAACAUCAAGGAACACAACAGUACAGGAAUCCAAGUUGAUGACUUGUUAUCUAAAAUUAAUGGAGGCACAGAUGAAGAGCACUUCCUACUAAAGAGUGGAGGGAACUGCUCUGAGCUAUUGCAACAAUUCAUUCAGUGCAAGACCACCCUCAUUGCAGAAGACCAUCAUACGAAGGGCCUGGAAGAAGCUAAAGUGUUGAAAGAAAAUCAACCGGAAGCAAAGGAAUCUGAUAUGUCCGACACUCUCAGCCCAAGUAAGGAUCGCAGUAGCGACGACACAACAGAUUGCCAAAUGGAUGAACAAGAACUGAAUGAAUCUCUCAAUAAGGUUUCAUUAUUGAAAGACCUGUUGGCAGAGGCGAGGGCCUCCAGCAGAAAGCAUGAAAGUGAUCUGGAUCAUCUCAAGUAUGAACUGCGGCGCGCCCACACAGAAACGGGCGAUUCUGAGCACGAGAUACAACAACUGCAACAGGAGCUGAAGGGAGCGCAGGACCUGGCCAGAAUCAACAAGCAGAAAUGCCUUGAAGUACAAGCACUUCUUGAAGAUGAAAGAAAGGUGAAUAAACAGCAAGCAGAAGAAUCAGCCAGGCAAAUCCAGGUGUUGCAAGCUCAGCUGUAUGAUUUACAGAAAGAUAUUGAGAUGUUUCGCGAGGAGAAGGAGGUUGAGGUUGUGAAGACCCGUGAGCAGUUGGCGAACACGCAGGAGGAGAUCGUGGCCCUGCAUCAGACGGCGGUGGAGGCAGCGACGGGCCGGGAGACUGACAUCGCCAUCCUGCAGGGGGAGCUGCUCAACGUGCACACCGAGCUGGAGCGAUGGCGGCAGACCGCCUCGCAUUACGAGUCGCAAAUCCUCAAUCUCCAAAACAAGCUGCAGCUGCAGACACAACAGCAAAUGGACAAGCAGAAAGGGGAAGCCAUCCAACUGCAGGGUAAACUGGAGGACCUGCAGAAGCAGAGCAACUUUCUGCAGUAUGAUUGUGAUUCACUCAGACAAGAGAAGGAUUAUCUGACCGAAAAGCUGCAGCAAUAUGAGGAUGAACUCCAAAGUGCCCAGCAGCAGAGUAUCAAGUUGUCCAAUGAUGUCAGUGGGUUGGAAGUUUCCCGCAAAGAGCUGGAACAGCAGGUUGGAGUUUUGAAGGAACAACGCGUGCAGGAGACAAACGGACUGAGAGCGCAGCUUACACACGCUGAGAAUGAGACCGAGAAAUAUCAGAAACAGUAUGAUACAGAUCAGACCAUGUAUAUGGAGGUAAAGGAAAAGCUCGAUCGAACUCUGAAAGAGAAUGAGUCCAUCACUGAAGAACUUGAACGUUAUAAAGAAAAUGUAAACUUGCUGCAACAGAAGGGAAACAAUAAUCCUUCCACCAUUUUGCAACCCAUCCCUGCUGUAGGCGUGGCCCUAAUCCUGGCUUUCCUGUACUGGUGGUCCGCUCACCUGUGGUAGAUCAAGGGUGGAUUCAUCAAGUGGAUGCCAGUGGUGGCAGUGCUGGUGGCAGUGACUGUCGUAGUGUUAUAUCCGGCAUUGAACAGGGUCUCGCCCUGAGCCUGCCUGAGAUGUCUCCAACCACAGAAUGUCUCCAACCCCAUUGACUCUGCCUUUCUUUUAGCACGGGGUGGGGGUGGGCUGGGGGGGGGGGGGGGGGCAAAAGGAUCUGUUUCCAUCCUUUUUACCUCUAACAAACACAGCUGUUUCAAAGCACGACAGUAGAGUCUUUGCUUGAACUGUAUAAAAUGUAAUUGUAUAUAUAGAGAGAGAAUAAAAAUUGUGACUGGAUUCUACUCUAGAUAAUGUUUUAUUUGUAGUUUUCCAUAAUUUUAAAAAAGGAUUUGUUUGGGGUUAUGUGAAGAGUAGUGGUAGCCUUACGCAAGGCUUCUUGGUACCAAAAUUUAAAGGAAUGUGGAAUUCAACCUUUGGUUUCACUUCGGAGUUGUGUUGUUUCCUUUAGCUGCGGUGGUACAACCCCACCAACUGAUGCACACUGGCCCGUAGAGCGGUCACUUUGUGGCAGCGACCAUCAGCUUGCCAUCCAUCUCAUUCACCUGCAACACAUCAUGAAUGUGCUGUUACAUUGCAAACAUCAAACGCAAUGCUAUUGCAGGCCUUUCAUGGGAGCUCGACUUCUCCCAAGUUUCAAACCUCCGCCUUACUGAAGAGGUUGAAGGAACAGCCAAAAGCUUGCAUUCUACUCAUCAUUAUUCUCACCCCUCCUCCCCCACAUAGUUUUUUAUUAUCAUUGAUAAACAUCCGAGUUGAGGUGUAACCAGUGAAGGUAAGUGGUUCACAAACCCUUCCAAAGCAUCUCCAAACAACCCCCUCUGUGCAUCAGUCGGUGGGAAGCUGUGUAUCGUUGGGAUAUAAGAUGAAAGGAUGAAUGUCUGUUUGCGUUCCCUAAGAUCAGGGAUGUCUAUGUUAGAGGCUGACUCGAACUAAUUCUGCUGCACAGCAGUAAGCUCUUUGCUCAGAAGUUAGCCAUGACCGGCAACUAAAGUCUGCAGUCAUCCAGCAGUGGCUUGCUACUACUGCCUUAAUCACUACAUUCCCAGGGCCGGCCUUCUGAUGUCUAUAUCAGACAGCUGACAUGUUCACUAUAGGAGUCACACCAGCAAGCACUUUGUUCUGAAGCAAAGGACAGGAGAAAAUGGAUCAUCACCACCUUGAUUUUUAUUUUUUGUUGUUGUUGUUUGUCCACGAAUCUUAGCCAGAAUGAGUUGGAAAUUGCCUUAUUUGAAAAAAAAAACGAAUUCAAUUUUUACAUUUUCAGCCGCCGAAUGUUGUUGCAAUUGUACAAUGUAAAUGGCAUUGCUAUCGGUACAAGAUUCCGUAGUCAAGCGAAUGAAAGAGAACACUUUAAUAUAAAGCUUGUUUAAGAUAUUCUGAAUGG